UAUUCUUUGGCACUGUUUUGUCCGCGACUCUUAAAAUACCUAUUACCAGCAAAAAAUUUAGUUCAUAACUAUAAUUAAAUAAUUCAGAAUGAAGUUUCGGAAUUUGACGUUUGUGCUCUAUUUUUUAACGCAUAGUGUUAUUCUGGUUUUGGAUAAAAAAUGCGUUGUCGCUCAAGAACCGAUCUUCGAACUGCCUAUUGAAUUAGUGGGAUUUCCUGUGAUUAUUGUGGCAGUGAGAUUAUCUAAUUUUGUCAAAAAAUUAGCGUAUUCUUUAAAUCCGAAAACUUAUGCCAGUAAAAGAGUUCGCAGAGGCAUUACAGACGAAGAAAUGAUUAACAUGGUCGAAGCUGAAAAACGGUUAGUUACGGAACUUGGCGAGAACGUCUGUAUUUAUCCAAAAGUUUGCCUUCAUCAUGCUGAAAGGGCACGAAAAUCAGGCCCUCAAGAAGUCAAAGUUGAUUGGGAUGAAGUUUUUAAUAAUUACAAGGCGUCAAAAGAAAAACAGAAGGAGUAUUAUUUCCUUAGUGUCUUCCUUGGUGAUUUUAUUGCUUCCCCGAGGUUCUGUAAUCAGCUAGUCAAGAGAGGAAGAAUAUGCCAGGAUUAACAAAAUUUUCAAGAUAUUAUCAAGACUUUUUUUUAAAUAUUCAUUUGAGGAGGAUAGUGUCAUGUCAUAAAACUUUGCUCGUGUUAAACCAAAAAUUAGUGAAAUGGUUAGAAUGUAAGAAAAAUAUUCUUUGUGUUGUAAUAAUACUCUUUAUUUCCUUUAU